AUGGCGGUGUUCGGAAUGGCGUCCGCGGUGGCGGGCUUCGUAAAAGUCCGCUACCUGAUCGACAAGGCUGUUAUCGACAACAUGGUGUUCAGAAUGCACUACCGCAUCACGUCCGCCAUACUGUUCCUGUGCUGCCUCCUCGUGACUGCCAAUAAUCUUAUCGGUGACCCGAUCUCUUGCAUUAACGACGGCGCUAUAUCCCCGCACAUCCUGAACACAUAUUGCUGGAUCACCUACACGUUCACCCUGCCCUACACAAACCACAAGGCGGUGGCACAUCCCGGCCUCGGUAACGACUACGAGGAGGAAAAGCGAAUCCAUGCCUACUAUCAAUGGGUGCCCUUCAUGCUGUUCUUCCAGGGACUACUGUUCUACAUACCGCACUGGAUCUGGAAGAACUGGGAAGAGGGCAAGGUCCGCAUGAUAUCGGAGGGAAUGCGCGGAACAUCUGCCUGCAUCGCCGACGAUAAGAGCAAACGUCAGAAUCGUCUGGUGCAAUAUCUUUACGAAACUCUGCAUAUGCACAACACCUACUCCUUUGGCUAUUUCUUCUGUGAAGUUUUGAACUUCGCCAACGUUGUUGGAAACAUCUUUUUCCUCGAUACAUUCCUCGGAGGAGCUUUCUUGACCUAUGGAACGGACGUUGUCAAGUUCUCUAACAUGAACCAAGAGCAACGCACUGAUCCUAUGAUUGAAGUUUUCCCUAGAGUGACUAAGUGCACCUUCCACAAGUUUGGUGCUUCCGGAACAAUCCAGAAACACGACGCCUUGUGUGUCCUUGCCCUGAACAUCCUUAACGAGAAGAUAUUCAUUUUCCUAUGGUUCUGGUUCAUUAUCUUGUCGGUUCUCUCUGGGUUGGCGAUUGUUUACUCGGCGGCUGUGAUUCUCCUACCCAGUACUCGUGAGACAAUCCUGAAGAGACGUUUCCGUUUCGGCACCCCUAACGGCGUGGAAGCACUAGUUAGAAAGACUGAGGUUGGCGAUUUCCUCCUACUGCAUCUUCUUGGCCAGAACAUGUCUCUCCGUGUGUUCGGAGAAGUUUUGGAUGAGCUAUCGCGGAGACUACAUCUAGGAUCCAACGCUCCGUCUGCUCCCUCGACCCUCGAAAUGGCACCAAUCUAUCCAAAUAUCGAGAAGUACUCGAAAGAAACGGAAACG